AUGUUGUACGGCCACUUAGUACAUAACAAAUUUGAUUUUCUUGAAUUUUUGAAUAAGAAAUCACAUUUCUAUGUCAUCUAUAUUGAUGGUUCUAAAAGUACAAAUAGUGUUAGAGCAGCAUAUUAUGAUUUACAAAAAAAUUCACUUAAAAAUAUUAAAUUGGAAGAAAAUUGUAGUAUCUUUACAACUGAAAGUUAUGCUAUUGUAAGUGCUUUAGUAUUUGUAAAUAACUUUGUACAUAAUGUAAAUAUAUUAAUAGUUUCUGAUUCCAAGAGUGUAUUGGAAUCUUUAUAUAAUUGUAAUUACUCAUAUAUUGGAGUAAAAACUGAAUUUGUGUGGGUACCCUCGCAUAGUGGCAUACCAGGGAAUGAAGUUGUGGAACAAGUGGCUCGCCGAGACCACGUUGAGGAUCAGUCGGAAAUGUUGAAUGUUCUGUUCACAGAUUAUUAUCGACUAAUUAAAAAUUUAAUAUUACUAGUGGCAAUAAGUGUGAAUACUGUUUUAAAGACAAUGCAGACAUAA